GGAGUUGGCAGAAUUAGAAAAGAGUUGCCACUGCUUUUGAAAAAAGUGCAGGCAAAGCGCCCUCUGGUGAUCAUUAUUGAUGGUAUUGAUGAACUUGUGAGGGGAGACUAUGAUGAGUCUGAUUGGAUUCCACCAACCUUACCUCCCCAUGUCAAAAUGAUAUUGUCUACUUCUAGUGACAACUUUCCCGGCUUUUCCUCUCUUAAGUCACACCUGAACCAACCUUCAUGUUUUCUAGAAGUACCAAAGAUGACUUCAUCCGAAGUCGGUGGAUUAUCACAAAAUAUACUGAAAUCAAAAACAAGAAAGUUGUCCGAUGGUCAAUCUAAAGUUCUUCAGGAUGCUAUAAACAAUUGCCCCCUACCACUGUAUGUGCAGCUAGCCAGUCACAUGGCAUCCCGUUGGCAUAGUUACAACAUCAGCAAUGAGACAGUGCUUAGCAACAACAUCAAAGAUCAAAUCAACUCCUUCCUCACACUUUUAGAGAAAUGUCAGGGUGUGAAUGCUGUGCAGAAUAUGUUGAGUUAUCUAACAGCAUCUAAACAUGGUCUUUCAGAUUCAGAAAUGCUUGAUUUGAUAUCCUGUGAUGAAACAGUUUUGGAUGAGUAUUGCACCCAUCGACAAUUGUCCAUUCGACGAGCACCUGCAAUUAUAUGGACCAAACUGCGAAAGGAGCUGGCUCCUUUUCUAAAUGAGCAUCUUGUUAAUGGGCAUUUGUUAAGAACUUGGUCACAUAGGGUUAUCCGAGAUGCUGUCAUGCAACGCUAUCUUGCUUCAGAGUCUCAGAAAAAGAAAGUACACCAAUUUUUAGCUAAUUAUUUCCAAGGGAAAUGGGCUGGGGACAAGAAGCCAUGUCCCAGAGGGAAAGGAGUUGAAGUGAGCAUGGAUCGUCAUGUACAGCCUCAACCACUCAAGUUUGACAAAGUGUACAAUACAAGGAAGCUUGAGGAGCUUCCUUUUCAUGUCUUUCAUAGCGGAGAUAGCAAAUUCAUGAAAAAUUAUAUCUGGGAUAUUUCCUGGGUUUGUAGUAAACUAGAUGGAUCUGAUGUGUUUCAACUUCUUGAUGACAUUGCGCUAGCUAGGACAGCCGAACCUGACAAUACUGACUUGGAAAUGUUCCAGAAAGUUGUUCAGUUAUCUGCGUAUGCUCUAUACUGCGAUGGCAACCAAGUUUUUUCCCAGAUUCACACUCGGCUCCGCAGUUACUUGGAUGGAAAAGAUGCCUCCCUGUAUCCUAAGUUGUCCCAAAUUGUGAAUCAAGCUCAAAAUCCACCGAUAACAAAUUUCCUGCCCUCUGGAGACUGCUUGGUGCAGUUAGAUGAAGGUGAUGAUGAUGAAGUGGAUGAAGUCACCUUGGAUACCAGAAAGGAUGCAAACAAGAUCCUCAAUGGAUUCUACCGCAUCAAAGGAGACAUGACUCACAUGGUUUCCAUAGCAACCUUGAAAGGUGAGGUGAAAGUUUGGAAUAUAGAGAAUCAAACAACUGUGCGAACACUAACCGGGAUAGAUAUGCCAAGAGAUGUACGAAUGAUAGAUGAUCAUAGAUGUGUUAUUCUGUGCAACAGAGCGUUAAAAAUCUUCAACUUGGAUACGGGCACCCUGGAAACCACUUUGAAAGGAAUCAUGAAUCUUCAGAUGCCAUACUACGGUAUUCAAGAUCGGGAUCAUGUUGUUGCUUUGGCACGUAAUCGAAUGUAUUUGAACAUCAUCAACGUGAGUAGUGGCGAGGUGGAAUCCACCUUUAAAGUUGGGGAGGAUCGAUUUCUGAACAGUCUGCUUGUGAGUGAGAAUGGAGAAAGAUGUGUAUGUGGUGACGAAACACAGAAACCAAGCCCAUUGCUUGUCUGGGAUUUGAAUGCAAGAAAACUGCUUCAUGAUUUCCGGAUUGCACAGCAUGAGUUUAAAACCAAGAUGUCUGCCAUUAGUAAGGACGGGAAUUAUGUGGUGUCUGUAAUCAAGGAAGUAGAUGAUCCUGCACCAAAUUUUGUGAUUGUCUAUGACCUCAUAAGUGGACAAUUGUUCAAGAAAUGGAAACCAGUUUCCAAUACUUGUUGUGUUGAUAUUUCAUCAGAAGGGGAAUGU